AAGAAUCCCAUUUUGCUAUUCUCUAAAUAUCUAAUCUAUUCAAGGCAUUUCCUGUGUAGGCUGUUUCAGUUUCUGCUCAUCUUAACAGCAAGUCUAUCCUCGUCCACUCAAUCCAAAUUUUAGAACAAUGGCUUCUCGGUUCUGGACACAGGGCAACAGUGACUCUGAGGAAGAGGAGGAGACCGGUUCUGAAGAUGAGCUUGAGCCCAGCUCUAGGCCUGGUGAAGCCGCCAGUGCUGCCGCUGGAAGCAGAUACCUGCAAACGAAUGCUAGUGAUAGUGACGACUCUGAUGGCCAGCGCCGUGUUGUCCGGUCCGCCAAAGACAAACGGUUUGAAGAGAUGUCGGCUACCGUCGAUCAAAUGAAAAAUGCUAUGAAGAUUAAUGACUGGGUCAGCCUCCAAGAGAGCUUUGACAAGAUCAACAAGCAGCUUGAGAAGGUCAUUCGGGUCACAGAAUCUGAAAGGGUCCCAAAUCUCUACAUCAAAGCUCUUGUAAUGUUGGAGGAUUUUCUAGCGCAGGCCUUGGCAAACAAGGAAGCAAAGAAGAAAAUGAGCAGUAGCAACGCUAAGGCUUUGAAUUCGAUGAAGCAGAAGCUGAAGAAAAAUAACAAGCAGUUUGAAGAUUUAAUAAAUAAGUAUAGGGAGAAACCCGAGAGUGAGGAUGAAGGAGAGGCGGAAGAGCAGUCAGAGGACGAUGAGGAUGACGGGUCAGAGGUUGAGGAGGACCCAACAAAAAUUGCAACCAUCUCAGAUUCGGAGGAUGACGGUGAUGAUGAAGAUGAAGAGGAUGGAGAUAAUCAAGCCGAGGGUGGCGGAGGUUGGGAGAAGAAGAUGAGCAAGAAAGAUAAGCUCAUGGACAAGCAGUUCAUGAAAGACCCAAGUGAGAUCACUUGGGACACAGUUGAUAAGAAGCUAAAAGAGAUCGUUGCUGCAAGGGGUAGGAAGGGGACAGGAAGGGUUGAGCAGGUCGAGCAGCUGACGUUUUUGACUAGAGUUGCCAAGACACCUGCCCAAAAGCUUGAAAUCCUCUUCAGUGUUGUCUCUGCACAGUUUGACAUCAACCCAAGUCUCAGUGGCCACAUGCCAAUAAAUGUGUGGAAGAAGUGCGUGCAUAACAUACUCAUCAUACUCGACAUCCUUGAGCAGUACCCAAAUAUCGUGGUGGACGAUUCGGUGGAGCCUGAAGAGAAGGAGACGCAGAAGGGAAUUGACUACAGAGGGACAAUUCGUGUUUGGGGAAAUUUGGUUGCCUUUCUUGAGCGGAUGGAUGUGGAGUUCUUUAAGAGCUUACAGUGUACAGAUCCCUACACUCGGGAAUAUGUUGAAAGGCUUAGGGAUGAACCAAUGUUUUUGGUUCUUGCUCAAAACGUGCAGGAUUAUUUAGAACGGGUUGGGGAUUUCAAGGCGGCUGCGAAGGUUGCCUUAAAGCGUGUUGAGCUCAUAUACUAUAAGCCUCAAGAGGUUUACACUGCAAUGAGGAAGUUGGCAGAGCAGGCUGGUGCAGAGGGUGGAGAAAAUGGGGAUGUGGACGCCGAUGAGGAACCUCAAGUGGUUGAGGAAAUUAGGGGCCCACCGGCAUUUGUUGUAACCCCUGAGCUUGUGCCUCGAAGGCCUACUUUUCCAGAGUAUAGCAGGACAUUGAUGGAUGCACUUGUUUCCCACAUAUACAAGUUCGGAGACGAGCGUACUAAAGCCCGGGCAAUGCUAUGCGAUAUAUAUCAUCAUGCUAUCAUGGACGAGUUCUCCAUAGCCCGUGAUUUGUUGUUGAUGAGCCACUUACAAGAUGGAGUCCAGCAUAUGGAUAUUUCAACACAAAUUCUUUUCAACAGGGCGAUGGCUCAACUGGGUCUGUGUGCAUUUAGAGUCGGUCUUGUAACAGAAGCACAUGGCUGCCUCUCUGAACUGUACUCAGGUGGGAGGGUGAAAGAGUUGCUUGCACAAGGUGUUUCACAAAGCCGUUACCAUGAAAAGACCCCUGAGCAGGAAAAGUUGGAAAGGCGGCGACAGAUGCCGUAUCACAUGCACAUCAACCUUGAGCUUCUAGAGGCCGUCCAUCUGAUAUGUGCCAUGCUUUUGGAGGUCCCAAACAUGGCCGCCAACACGCAUGACGCCAAACGGAAAGUCAUAAGCAAGACGUUCCGCAGGUUGCUUGAGGUGAGUGAGCGACAGACCUUCACUGGCCCACCAGAGAAUGUCCGGGACCACGUCAUGGCUGCAUCGAGGGCCUUAUGCAAAGGUGAUUUCCAGAAGGCAUUCAAUGUGGUGAACUCCCUUGAUGUGUGGAAGUUUGUCAGGAACCAAGAGAACGUGCUGGAGAUGUUGAAAGCGAAGAUCAAGGAAGAGGCGCUGAGGACCUACCUGUUCACGUACUCUUCUUGCUAUGAUUCUGUGAGCUUGGACCAGCUCACUGCCAUGUUUGACCUCUCUGAGGCUAACGUGCACAGCAUCGUUAGCAAGAUGAUGAUCGUGGAGGAGCUCCACGCAAGCUGGGACCAGCCGACUCGGUGCAUCGUCUUCCACAACGUCGAGCAUACAAGGCUGCAGACGCUUGCGUUCCAGCUCACAGAAAAGCUCUCGGUGCUUGUGGACAGCAAUGAGCGUGCAUUUGAGGCGAGGACAGGUGGCGGGUUGGAUGGGCUUCCCCCAAGGCGGAGGGAAGGUCAGGACUAUGCUAAUGCAGCUACGGGUAAGUGGCAGGAUAACAACGCCUCACAAGGCAGGCACGGUGGUUAUGGCGGUCGGUCAGGGUAUGGCACUGGCGGAAGACUGUCAGGUUCCAGUAUGGGAGGAGGAUUUUCAAAAGAUAGGGCUGGGCAGGGGCUACGUGGGGCUGGUGGGUAUUCGGCAGGCUACCAGAGCACGCGUUACCAGGAUGCCUACGGGAGCCUUGGUAGGACUCCAUAUCAAACAGGUUCAUCUGUGCGGGGAUCUCAGAUGGAGACAUCUGCCCGCAUGGUUAGUCUUAGCAAAACAGGCCGUGUUUAGUAAGAGUGAGAGAAUGAGUGGAGGAUCCAGAUUCGGAUUAGUUCGGAUUGUUAUUUAAAUUUAUGGUUUUGAGCCUGAAUUUCUGUUUUGUUACUGCCGAUAUCUCAGGCUGCCUGUGCAUUUCGAUGCAUGGUUGCUUGACUGGUUGUAGUCUAUUAAUUUUCUUAGAGUGUUACAGAUACUAAAAUCAAUGUUUUUUGUUUUU